UUAGAACCUUAACUAGACCUCUCGAUUAUCAAAAGGAAUCUUCUCACGUCUUAACAGUUCUGGCUCAAGAUCGAGCACCCAAAUUUCGAGCUGGUGACAUCAAAGCUAGUUCGGCAACUGUGAAAAUUAAAGUACUUCCAGUGAACGUUUACAGUCCUGAGAUACUCGUUAGGCAUUUUCCUAGUAUUUUAGGUCAUAGCAAUGCAGACAUUUAUGCAAUUGUCAAGGUUAUCGAUAAGGAUCGUGGUGUUCACGGACAGAUUGAUAAACUAGAGAUCAUCGACGGAGAUCCUGAUAAUCAUUUCAGGAUAAGUGAUGGAAGUAAACCUUACGAAUAUAAUAUUAUUGCAGAAAGAAAUCUGGAUUCUCAACAAGAAUUUUCAUUGACGUUGAGAGCGACUGAUCGUGGUUCCCCUCCGAAAUCCAUAACACAAAAUAUUAAAGUUCGAUUGUCUGAUUAUAAAGAGAAACCUCCUGUUUUUGAGCAAAGUGACUAUGAGGUAGAGGUAGAAGAAGUGGCACCGAUAAAUACUCCAAUAGUUUUAGUGAAAGCAAACUUAUCCAACCGGCAAGAUGCGGAUAUUAUUUACAACAUCGAAAACGGAAACGAGGAAGCAGCUUUCAGCAUCAAUGCUCGAACCGGAUUAAUGACCACUUCUAAACAAUUAGACAGAGAAAGUAAAGCCUAUUAUUCAUUAACGGUUAGUGCUGUAGACCGUGGUGUACGAGGAUUACGACGUAAAGGAACCACGAUAGUUAACAUUCAGAUCUUGGACGCUAACGAUAACAAUCCUUCCUUUAAUUCUACCAAUGAAACUGUUUACUUCGACGAAAAUAGACCCAUAGGAACCAUAGUUUAUGUAGCGAAAGCGGUUGAUCCUGAUUUAGGAGAGAACGGUUUUGUUUCUUACAGUUUAGCUAAUUUAAGCCCUGUACCAUUUUCUAUACACCCAUUUAGUGGAGAGGUGCGUACUACUGAAAUUCUCGAUUUUGAAACCAUGAAAAGGGAAUACCUAUUAAAAAUACGCGUGUCUGAUUGGGGUAAACCUUUCAGCAGGCAAGAAGAAAUGUCUCUGAAGGUUCGCUUGAAGGAUAUUAAUGAUCACAGACCGUUGUUUGAGAAGGUGGAAUGUAAAGGUUACGUAAAUAGCAAAGCCCCCGUUGGGACUGAAGUAUUUACUUUAUCCGCUAUCGAUUUUGAUGCUGGCAGCAUUGUGACUUAUCGAAUGUUGCCUUCUAACGAUGAUCCAUGCUUCAGGUUGGAUUCAAUGUCGGGUGUUAUUAGUCUCGUGUGCGAUUUGAGACAGAGGCAGCUGCGUGAGAAAGUGUUAAAUCUAUCUGCUACGGAUGGAAAACAUUUUGCAGAUCUCAUGACCAUUCCCAUUACGAUAAUAAGUGGAAGCAAAAAUUCCCUGGAUAGAGCCGCUUUGGUGGAGUGUAAAGAUGCUGGUAUAACCGAAAAAUUAAAGGAACAGAUACGAUUAGGAGAACUGAACAAUCGCGGUGGUGUAGAAGACGUAACAGCUCCUACACCAACGCGAUUUGCUGAAAAUCGUUACUCUCCAGAGUUCUUAUCGUUCGUUCCCCCAAAAAUCUCCGUCAACGAAAGCGUGCCAGUGAAAUCUCGUCUCAUAACUCUACAGGCUCACGACAGAGAUCGAGGUUUUAAUGGGCGUGUCGUCUAUGUGAUUUCUAGUGGCAACGAAGAUAGUUGUUUCAAAAUGGAUAUGCACGACGGCCAUCUUCGAGUGUUACGUCCUCUAGACAGAGAAAGAACUUCAAAAUAUGUGUUGAACAUCACAGCUUUCGAUUUGGGGCAACCGCAGAAACAUUCUUCAAGAACUUUAGUAGUGAGUUUGCUUGAUGUCAAUGAUAAUCCUCCAAAAUUUGAAAAGGACGACUACAGUUUUGUGAUAUCCGAAAACGUGGAGAACGGAACGAGUGUCGUUAAAUUGAGGGCUACUGAUGAUGAUACUGGCAAGAAUGCUGAAUUUACCUUCAAACUGGAUACGGACACAUCAGACUUCCAUAUUGAUCCCAUUAGCGGUGUAUUAACAGUAAAUGCAGCACUGGAUAGAGAGAGGACAGAUUUUUAUAAAUUGAAAGUACGUGUAACCGAUUCUUCGCCCAUUCAACCACUUUCUUCAACAGCUAUAAUCAAUAUCCGCAUCUUAGAUAUUAAUGAUAAUCCUCCAUUUUUUGGUCAAAAUCAAUUUUGGACGAAAGUGCGCGAAGAUCUUCCCGUUGGUUCCGUUGUUAUGAUUUUAUCAGCUGAAGAUCCCGAUGCUGGAAAAGGUGGAAUUAUUCAUUACGAAAUAUCUGGAGAAAUGGAUGAUUUCAAAAUCGAUUCCGAAAUGGGUGUCGUCAGAUUGGCUCGACCAUUGGAUUUUGAAUCCAAACAACUCUAUAAUAUCACAGUUAGGGCAGAAGAUAAUGGUGAACCCGUGCUUUUUAGUGUUACUUCUCUGUUGAUCGAGGUUGAAGACGUGAAUGAAAAUCUUCACGCGCCCAAAUUUUCUGAUUUUGUGGCAUUAGGCAUGGUAAGAGAGAAUCAACCUGAAGGAACUUUUGUAAUGAGAGUGUCUGCACACGACGACGAUGGCCCGGGGAUAGAUAGCCAAAUUACCUAUUCUAUACGGGAUGGUGAUGGAAUUGGUAUUUUCAGCAUUGAUAAUCAAGGUCAAAUACGUACAAGAACGAUUCUAGAUAAAGAAACCGAUUCACGAUAUUGGUUGACGAUUUAUGCUCAAGAUCGUGGUGCUGUACCUCUUUCUAGUCGUUUAGACGUAUACAUCGAAGUGGCCGACGAAAACGACAAUGCACCACUAACCAUGGAACCUGCUUAUUAUCCAACGGUGCGCGAAAAUUCACCACCAGGAACACCAGUUUUAAAAUUGGAUUCCUUUGACUUGGAUAUAACACCAAACCAGAGAUUGAACUAUAAGAUAUCGGCCGGAGAUCCUCAGGCUUUCUUUUCUAUCGAUCCCAAUUCUGGGUUGAUCACUACUACGAGUAGACGUCUGGACAGGGAACGACAAGCUGAGCAUGUUUUGGAGGUAACAGUUAAUGAUAUGAAAGAACCACAAUUAUCUUCUACUACCAGAGUUGUUGUAUCAAUUGAAGAUGUAAAUGAUAAUGAUCCAACAUUUUUGGGUCCUAAUCAUCGAUGUUAUGUUGUUGAAAUGCAAGAGCAAGCAAAAGAUGUCCAUCUUUGCCAAGUAAUUGCAAUAGAUAAAGAUGAAGGCGUAAACAGCAACAUAGAUUAUAUCAUCACAGAAGGAGAUAUGACAAGAUUUAAAAUUCAUCUGAAAUCUGGUAGUAUUUAUUCUCGAAAAGCUUUCCAGCCCGGUCAGACAUUUGAAUUAAUGAUUAAAGCGUCUGAUAAUGGAACGCCACAAAGAUCAUCUGUUGCUAGAGUUAUUAUUGAAGUGGUACCGCUGUACAGAUCAUCUCGUCUUCCAGUUUUUCAAGAUGUUGAUUCUCAUAUUGUUGUGACAGAGAGUGAUAAAGUGGGACAUUUGGUUACUCUAGUGAAAGCAGAGCACACAGAAGGAAGAAGGCUCUGGUAUUCUAUACUGGAUGGAAACGUGAAUGAUACUUUUAUUAUUCAACCUAAUACUGGUGCUGUACUUUUGGCAAAGAAACUAGAUUGGGAAACAAAAUCAAAAUAUAGCCUUAAAAUUGGAGUUACAGAUGGAAUUUAUAAUAAUACUUCAGUUCUUCACAUCGAUGUCAUGGAUAUUAAUGAUCAUCAUCCCGAAUUCAACGAAAAGAUGUAUGUUGUUGACAUAUCAGAAAAUAUAUCAGUCGGCACCGAAAUUCUUCAGCUGGUUGCUACAGAUCGAGAUAAAGAUAAACGUCUAUUUUACAGUAUACAUAAUAGUGCUAAUCCUCAUAGUGUUCGAAAAUUUCGGGUGGAUUCAACUCAAGGAAUUGUUUCAAUUGCUCAACCAUUAGAUCACGAAGUUACACUCCAACAUAUUUUGACAGUCAUGGUAAAAGAUAAUGGUACACCAUCUAAACAGAGUUUUGCACGUGUGAUUAUAAAUGUACUUGAUCACAAUGAUCAUACACCGGAAUUUCUGACAUCUAUGAUCGAAGGACAAAUUUUUGAAACUGCAACAAUUGGUACAUCAGUUGUUCAGGUUUUAGCCAUUGAUCGAGAUAAGGGAAAGAAUGCACAAAUAUCAUAUUCAAUUGUAUCUGGUAAUGUUGGAAAUGCAUUUUCAAUUGAUCCAACUUUUGGUGUUGUUUCAGUCACUCAAGAGCUUAAUAAAAAUGUUAUGUCAGAAUAUUUUCUUGUCAUUAGAGCAACAGAUCAUGGAACGCCAACAUUGAAUAGUACUGUCACAGUUCAUAUUAUUGUAACAAUAUCAAAUAAUGCUCCACCAAAAUUUUCACAAAGAGAAUACUCUGUCGAAUUAUAUGAGAAUGAAAAAAUAGGUACUUCAGUUUUAUCUGUUAUGGCUACGAGUCGUUCUUCAAUACAUUAUGAAAUUGUAGAUGGAAAUUUGGAAGACAGUUUUGUCAUAAAUCCAACAUCUAGUAUAAUCCAAACCGAUAAAAUUCUUGAUUAUGAAAACAUUAAGUUUUAUAAUUUGACUGUUUGUGCCACUAAUAUGGUUGGUGUAAAUAGCACAGUUAAUGUUUUAGUUCAUAUAUUGGAUAGAAAUGAUAAUUCACCAGUAUUUCAGCAUUCAACUUAUUAUGGUUGGGUAAAUGAAGCAUCACCGUCUGGUGUGAUCAUUCUAAACAAUAUGAGUCGUCCAUUGGUCGUGUUGGCAAGUGAUAAAGAUCUCGGACUUAAUGCAGUUCUGUCUUAUGAAAUUGUUGAAAAGACUGCACAAUCUUAUUUUAAAAUUGAUCCAAGUACGGGUGCUUUAAAUACAGUCAGAUCUUUAGAUUAUGAACAUAUUCCUAAGUUUUACUUCACAGUUAAUGUAAAAGAUAUGGGAAAACCGCAACUAAGUUCUGAGGUGCCUGCUGAAGUUUUCAUAACAGUAAUAGAUAUAAAUGAUUGUGCUCCAAAAUUUGAACAAUCUUUAUAUCCAGUGACAUUAUUUCUUCCUUCUCAUCGUGGUGUAUCUGUUGUAAAAGUGAAGGCAAUCGAUGAAGAUACAAGUGACUCAAAUAUUUCGUACAGUAUUGUUUCUGGAAAUGUCGGAAAUAAAUUUGUUAUAAAUUCAAAAUCAGGAGAAAUAUUUGUUAGCAAUCCUAACAAAUUACAUGAUAAAUAUAAUUUAGUUAUUUCAGCUAGUGAUGGAGUUUUUGAAGCCGCAACAAAAGUUGCCGUGAAGGUACGACAGACUAGCAGCAGUGGCCUUAAAUUUCAGCAGAAUGUUUACGAGGCUAAAAUUCCGGAAAAUUCUACUGAUAUCAUGACAAUUGCUGUCAUUACUGUUUUGGGUACUGCAUUAAAUGAACACUUAUCGUUCCAAAUAUUAAAUCCUGGAGAACAUUUUACUAUAGGUCUUACUUCUGGUGUUGUUAAAACUACCGGAAAACCUUUUGAUAGGGAAACACAACGAGAUUAUACUUUGGUAGUCGAAGUAAAGAGCGAUUCAUCAGAAACUUUACAAGUCGGACAUGUUUUGGUUGAAGUUUAUAUUUCGGAUAUUAAUGAUAAUGCUCCAAUUUUUGUAGGCUUGCCAUAUUAUUCAGUGCUACCUAUUGAAGCAACACCAGGCUAUGUAAUCCGUCAGGUACAGGCAAUAGAUUUGGAUGAUGGCGUCAAUGGAUACGUCCACUACAGUCUGACCAAAGGAGAUGCAACAUUAUUCUCUGUAAACAGACAAACGGGAGAAAUUAUCUUACUAAAAUCGGUAUCUAAUCAGAAAUUGGAGUAUGAAUUAACUGUUACAGCAACAGAUGGAGGUAGUCCUGCUCUUCAUAGCACAAUUGUUGUACCAAUUAAAGUUAUCAACCGAGAUAUGCCAACAUUUCCUCAACAAUUUUAUAAUGUAUCUGUUUCUGAGAGUUUAGCUGCUCAUGCACCAAUAUUAACUAUACAGGCAGAAAGUCCUCAAGGAAGGCAGUUGAUAUAUAGUAUAGUGAAAGGCAAUGACCAUGAAGAAUUUGGUGUAGAUUUUACUACAGGUGUAUUGUUCGUUGUUGAAGAAUUGGAUUAUGAAAAAGUUCAAAACUACCAGCUCACAUUACAAGCCACAGAUUCAGUAACUGGUGCAUUUGCUGACGUAAUUAUUAAUAUAAAUGUCGAAGAUGCUAACGAUAAUCCACCUAUGUUUUCUCAAUUAUCUUACGAAGCAAGUGUUUCAGAAGCAGCAUCGUUUGGGACUAAAAUUUUAAAAGUAGAAGCAACUGACAGAGAUAAGGGAAAUAAUCAAAAAAUUCAGUAUCAGUUAUUAGGAAAUGCUUCAGCGUACUUUCAUAUUGAACCAUCAGAUGGAAUUAUAUUUAUUAAACAGUCUUUAGAUCAUGAGAUACAGUCUCAACAUCAUUUUGUUAUCGUUGCUGUUGAUGGAGGAUCACCCUCACUUAGUUCUACAGCAAAUGUUUGGGUAAAUGUUUUAGACAUGAAUGAUAAUCCUCCUCAGUUUAGUUAUCCAACUUACAGUUGUAUAAUCAAUGAACGUGCUCAGAGAGGUCAAUUCGUUACAAUUGUUAAUGCUAUGGAUCCAGAUAUAUCUGACAGAUGGAAGUUAAUGUAUUCAAUUGUAGGUGGAAAUGAACUUCAAGCAUUUACUAUUAACAACAAAUCAGGUAAAUUAAAUAUUUUGAAAGUAAUAGAAAUAAAUAAGCGUAAUAAAGAUAAAUAUAUAAUACUAAUUGAAACAAAGUCUCAAUCAGUACUAAGUGCAGGGUAUAAUUGAUGAUCAAACUGACCUAUUAUACUGAUACAAAAGGUCAGUUUGGUCAUCAGUUAUACAUUAGUUCCAGCUUUAAAGAAUAAUUUUUUAUAAGUACAGGGUACUAAAAAGUUACUGUGCAGUGAGAAAUUUGUCAUGACAUUGAAAUUAUAUGUAUAACAUUGUAUAUGAGACUUGUAAGUUGUAUGCCCUGCAUUUCCACUUUGCAGUAGAUGGUGUUACUGUACUGUGGGGGCUUGAGGGCUGUCAAAAAUUGGAUUAUGGGAAUUUAGGAUAGGACCCUCUCACCAGGUGUGUGUUGUCAGACACACCUCUUGAUUUAGACGAGGAAAAAAAAAAAGGUAGAUAGGUAAAGCAUGAGAGUAAGAGUCACUCCUAAGUCCAGGAAUGAGCCUCUCAGAAGGAUGAAUGCAAAGUCAAGUAAACUAAUUUAAGAAUAAAAGGGAAAAUUUAUUAUGGAAAAAUGAAACAACAUUUGAACUUAGUUUAAAUUAAUAGUAAGUACAAAAUCUGUUUUAGGAAGUUAGCCUAUUUCUAUUUAUAAAAUGGGAGGUAUCUGAACUUUGUGACUCACAAUAUACCAGGAAAAGAGUUGUCUUCUUUCUAGAAGUUGGCUUCCUUUCUGGACGCUUGUUUGAUUUUCUUCUUUCUGCUUUCAUUUCCUUUCAUUUUCCCUCACUUUCUUUCCCUUUUUUUCUUUAUAUGCUUUUUGUCUUAUUUCUACUUCACUAAGUCACUAAGUCUCUGAUUUUCAUCAUUUUUUUUUAUUUUAUUACUUGUUUUGACCAAUCAUGAGUUUGUUCUGGAGAAAGUUGAAGUAAUUUGUGAUAAGCAUGAUUGGUCACCCUUUAGUCCUUCUUCUCUCUUGUCUAUAAAAUUAUAUGCAUCCACAUGACAUGGAUAGAGUAGUGUAGUGUGGUAUUGUUUGUAUUGAAAUGAGAAAUGCACGAGGUAUAAUUUUCAAAAAAUGCAAAUAAAACUUUAUUUCGUAUUUUGAACAAAAAUUUAGCAGGUUCCAACUCCAAGACAAGUUCCUUGUAACUCCCGUUACUCAUGAUACAAUUAUAUACAGAACCUCGUGGUAUAAAACUGGCUCUGUCACAAACCUUAUGUCCCAGAAAUAACAAAUGUAACCAUUUUGAAUUUUACAAGUGUAGGUCAUGUCCUUAAGCUCAUCUUAACCUACUUAUGGCUAAAAUAAUAUUAUAUAUGUACAGAUAGAGGAAGGAAGAAGAAGAGAUCUAGGACAGGGGUACCCAAUUGUCUUGAAUGUUCCCUUUGCACAUUAGUUGGAUUCAACUUUCUUUGUCUCAGUUAAUGCUCUCUCUCUCUGAACUUCUCUAUGAUUUUGGGAUGUUCUCUCUGAAAACACCUCAAAGACACCUCUGACUUCUCUAUGUGUUCCUAACUUGAGCACCACUUACUCACACUCUUUUUGUCUGCCAAAAAUGACCAAGAGUUCCUUCUCAACACAUCUGAUAUCCUCAGUGUCUACCCAAAAAGUGCUUAACUCGCCCCCAUUUUCCCUUUAGGGCGUUUCCUCCUUCUAUUGUUCUUACUGCCCCACUCUAUUGGGAAAGGGUUCCAUCCAAAUUUCAUGGAAAAUGAAACAAAAAAAAAGCAAGAAUAAAGGAAAAUGAAACAAAA